AUGACUCAAGAACUAGAUGAUAUUCUUCAGAACGUGGAGGAAUUCAUCCAUGGCCCGGAGACUCCUGCCCGCAACGCCAGCUUCUUUCGAACCGCAGUGACUGAAAGUUCGGCCAGGGCAGUUGAGGAUCUCAAUCUGUGUUCGAGGGCACCUUCUCCUCACGAGCUACCUCGAUGGUUCUCAAGUUUUCCCUACAGCCGACUCUCUUGUCCACUCAACUCGUGGUACACCAGCCACUUUGAUAUCGGCGUGUCUCUACUUCUCACUCGCUCACAAUCGCUCAAUGCGACUGCCGAAACUGAUUGGUGUAAUAUUAAUGCUGUAGGUCACAUGUGUCUUGAUGGGUUGACUAAGUAUCGGGACGGUCUUUUGUUGCUGUGCAGACAUGCGCAACAAGUCUUUGCAAGCCAGCCCACUCGCCUGUACCUGCAUGCCUUGUAUAUACGGAGAUCGUUGGUUGAGCUGUGGACGUUUGAUCGAUCCGGGAUAUACUGUGGUGAUGGAUUCAACUGGCAGGAUCAUUUCUCGCGCUUCUCUGCCCUUGUUCUUAGUUUCUGCUUUAUGACGGAGAAAGAUCUAGGAAUAAGUGAUAUUCUCAAAGUGGAUGCGGUGGGUAGAUAUAUAACAAUCAACAUUUCCUUACAGUCCUCAGUUCAGAAUCUGUAUUUGGAAGAUCAACCAAUCGCCAGUUCACAGGAUAUUGUCGGUGAGGGGACCACCUGUUACCGCGCGAAAAGAACCGAAUCGAAGCAGUGGGACUAUGUUGUCAAGUUCAAGUGGCGUCCGACGAGUAAGCGGCCCGAGGAGGAGUUUCUAUGGCUUGCUAAACAAAAUAGUGUGUGGGGAGUUGUCUCAAUUGACUACGAUCGAUCCAUAGAUCAGACAGCAAGCCUCCGCCAGGGCAGGCAGAUUGGAACAUAUCGAAAGCUACGGUCAAGCCAGAACGUCACGGAGGGAUCAGUUCCCGGUGGUAUCAUCAAUCAAACAGAAGAGACAACGAAGCCGUUCGAGAAUCGAUUUUUUACCUGCAUAGUUACUUCUCCUGCGGGUCGACCUCUCGAAACGUUCAAGAACCGCCUGGAAUUGCUUGAAGUCCUUCGAGACGCUGUCAAAGCCCACAGGUCACUCUUGCAAGACGCCAAAAUUUUGCAUCAAGAUGUGGCUGCGAGUAAUAUCAUCAUCGCGGAACCUCAACAAGAGGGGGACCCGAAAGGAUUAUUGAUAGAUCUUGAUGUGGCAAUGAAUUUAAUGGUUGGACCAAGGACACCGAAUGAAGUGGUAGGCACUCGAGCUUUCAUGUCUAUUGGGAUUUUAAAAUGCAGACCACACAGGUAUCGACAUGAUUUGGAGUCCUUUCUUUACGUUUUUCUGCGCAUAGUAAUCUCGAAUCGCAAAGAGCUGCCACCACCAACAAGCCGGCUUCGAGAAUGGAAUCAAGGCAGUUGGGAAGAUUCAGCAAAACUCAAGUCUCAUGACAUGGACAAGAACCACUUUGCCAGCAUCAUCUUAGCUGAAUUUCCUCCUGAAUUUUAUUCCCUGAGACCACUCGCUGAAGAGUUCCGUCGGAUUUUGUUUCCAAUACAUGAAGACGGAAACAUUUGGACCGGAACAAAUAGCUCGCUUACAGAAACGAACAAGUUGUAUGAUGGUAUUACUGCAGCAUUCGAAAAUGCAAUAUCUUACGAGAAGGAAGCACUAGCUUAA